AAUUAGGUCAAAAUCUGACAAAUAAUAAUCCAGAUAUUGAUUUAACAAGUUAUCUUCUAUUUUGAGAAUUGCAGCCAACUAGAGAUAAAGAUAUUCAAUUAUCAUUGGAUAAUUAAAUACCAGGUAAAUGUAAAAAUAAAUGGAUAUUGAUGGAAGUUGAUCUAUAGGAACAUAUAAAUCGUAACGUUCUGGGGAGAAUGACUGAAGCAUAUGUGUAGUGCACUUAGCUUAAUCAAACUUCUGGGACUAUCGUGAUAAUUAUAUAUUUUAUUUACCUGAUCUACUUCAUUGCACAAAAAUAGAACCACACUGAAUCAGAAUCAGCAUUGUAGCUAUCAACAUUAGCAGUCCUCUAGAGUACAAAGAAUAUUAUACAUAAAAGUAUGCCUAAAGUUCGUAGAAGCCGUAAACCACCCCCAGAUGGUUGGGAACUCAUUGAACCAACACUAGAGGAACUCGAACAGAAAAUGCGUAGAGCAGAAUUCGAACCACAUGAAGGAAAGCGUAUUACCGAGUCUUUAUGGCCAAUUUUUAAGAUCCAUCAUCAGAAGUCACGCUACAUUUACGAUUUGUUCUUCCGUCGUAAAGCCAUCAGUCGUGAAUUGUACGAAUAUUGUCUUAAGGAAAAAAUUGCUGAUCCCAAUCUUAUUGCCAAAUGGAAGAAAUCUGGGUAUGAGAAAUUGUGUUGCUUGCGGUGCAUACAAACCCGUGAUACAAACUUCGGCACAAAUUGCAUUUGUCGGGUACCAAAAUCCAAACUGGAAGAGGGUCGUAUUGUUGAGUGCGUCCAUUGUGGGUGCCGCGGCUGCUCUGGUUAGUGAAU